UUGACAGCGGUGUGCCUGCGAACCGACAAGCUACAAAACUGAUUAAAUAACUCAGCGUAACAUCAUAAAGUUUUAAUUUUUUUAAGCAACACCUGUGAAAACACCAACGCCAAAAUGAGUUUGCUUGCCAAAAUAGCCGAAAUCGAGAACGAGAUGGCUCGUACUCAGAAGAAUAAAGCCACAGCUCACCAUCUGGGUCUGCUCAAGGCAAGAUUAGCCAAACUGAGGAGAGAGCUCAUCACUCCUAAAGGAGGCAGUGGAGGAGGCACUGGAGAGGGUUUUGAUGUGGCAAAAACCGGUGAUGCUCGAAUAGGUUUCGUUGGUUUCCCGUCAGUGGGCAAAUCUACUCUUCUGAGUAACCUGGCUGGUGUGUACUCUGAGGUAGCUGCUUAUGAGUUCACCACACUGACAACUGUUCCAGGUGUCAUCCGUUAUAAAGGAGCUAAGAUACAGCUUCUGGAUCUCCCAGGUAUCAUUGAGGGAGCCAAAGAUGGCAAGGGUAGAGGACGACAAGUCAUUGCUGUUGCUCGCACUUGCAACCUCAUUCUGAUCGUCUUGGACGUUCUGAAGCCUCUAGGACACAAGAAGCUCAUUGAGCACGAGUUGGAGGGAUUUGGUAUCCGUCUCAACAAGAAACCACCAAAUAUCGGCUUCAAGAAAAAAGACAAGGGUGGAAUCAACUUCACUGCCACUUGUGCCCAAAGUGAGCUGGACUCUGAGACAGUGAAGAGCAUCCUUUCAGAGUAUAAGAUCCACAACGCAGAUAUAACCCUACGAAGUGACGCGACAGCUGACGACCUCAUUGACAUGGUGGAGGGAAAUCGGGUUUAUAUCCCGUGCAUUUAUGUCCUCAACAAAAUCGACCAGAUCUCCAUUGAGGAGCUGGACAUUAUAUACAAAAUCCCUCAUUGUGUGCCAAUCUCAGCUCACCACCGCUGGAACUUUGACGAUCUGCUAGAAAAGAUCUGGGACUACCUACAUCUAGUGCGCAUUUACACAAAACCAAAAGGACAGCUUCCUGAUUACACAUCACCAGUAGUACUUCCAGAUGGAAAGACAGCGGUCGAGGACUUCUGCUUAAAGAUUCACAAAAAUCUCAUCAAAGAGUUCAAAUAUGCAUUGGUGUGGGGUUCGUCAGUGAAGCAUAACCCGCAGAAAGUCGGCAAAGACCAUGUGCUGGAGGACGAAGAUGUGAUUCAGCUGGUGAAGAAAUAAAAGGACUCUGGAGCAUUGCAUGAUCAUUACACUUCAUAUAAGAAGCGCUAAGACAUUCUAAGUGCCCUGAAGGUUCCCAUGUCACCUUUCUUGUUUUUCAGUUUUUAUUUUUGGACAUGGACAAUGUAUGAUUGUAAGUCACAUAUUAAUUUGACUUCUCAUACUUGGAUCGGCAUCACAAAUGGAUUGAAUACUGAUAUAGAACAACUCAGUGUAUAUGUGAGCUGAAAAACAAAGUGAACAAUUAAAAUCCUGGUAUAAAAAAAAUCCAUGCAUGGCUGUAUGUAGAAUUGAUGUAUAAUGCAAUGCAGUUGAUCCGUUAGGAGUCUUGUUGUUGAAUCCUCAGCAUUGUUUAGCAGGUGACCGUUUAAUCACAAACACACUACUCCAUAUUGUUUAAUCCAGUAGUCCUGUGGCUGGUUACAUAUAACACCCUCCCCCUCUCUGACUGUCAAUCACUCUGUCUAACCAGGCCACUUACAGGAUGAAAUGGACACACAGUCAAAAGCACUGAUGCCCUUUAAUUGCUCCACUCACUAGGGACAUUUGACAUUAUGAAUGUGUGAUGAGUGCAAGCGGCCUCAAUGGUUAAUCAGCCAAAAAGCCUUUUUGGUUGCCUUUCCCUUUGUGUGAAAUUCAGCAGUAUUGCAAAAAUCAAAAUAAUAGGGAUCCCGCAGUCUUGGAAAACCUGGAAACAUAAGGGAAUUUGGUAACCCUUCACAAUAAGGUUAUACAGUAUUUGUUAACAUUAGUUAAUGCAUGAGAUAUCAUGAAGUAAAAAUGAACAA